AGAAGUGCAGAACAAAGGAAGAUAGAUGAAUGGCUUCCGGUAACUUCUAGUAGGAAUGCAAAAUGGUGGUAUUCAACAUUCCACAAUGUUACUGCUAUGGUUGGUGCUGGUGUCCUCAGUCUUCCUUAUGCUAUGUCUCAGCUUGGAUGGGGACCUGGUGUAACGGUGUUGGUGAUAUCUUGGAUUAUAACUUUGUACACUUUAUGGCAAAUGGUUGAGAUGCACGAAAUGGUUCCAGGGAAACGUUUCGAUAGAUAUCAUGAGUUGGGGCAACAUGCUUUUGGGGAAAAGCUUGGACUAUGGAUUGUUGUGCCCCAACAAUUAAUUGUCGAAGUUGGUGUUGACAUUGUUUAUAUGGUCACUGGGGGAAGAUCACUCAUGAAGAUCCAUGAUUUAGUGUGCAAAAACAAUUGCUUUAAAAUAAAACUUAAAUACUUCAUCAUGAUAUUUGCCUCUGUCCAUUUUUUUCUCGCUCAACUUCCCAACUUAGAUUCCAUAUCUGCUGUCUCUUUGGCUGCUGCUGUCAUGUCCUUAAGUUACUCUACAAUUGGCUGGGCUGCAUCGGCUAAGAAGGGCGUGGAGCCGGAUGUGGAGUAUAGCUUCACCGCUAAAACCAAUUUGGGAGUAGUUUUCAACUUUUUCAGCGCGUUGGGAGAUGUGGCUUUUGCUUAUGCAGGUCACAAUGUGGUGUUAGAGAUUCAAGCUACAAUUCCCUCAACGCCGGAGAAGCCUUCCAAAGGACCCAUGUGGAAGGGUGUUGUCGUUGCUUACAUCAUUGUAGCUGUGUGCUAUUUCCCUGUUGCUCUUGUUGGCUAUUGGGCGUUUGGGAAUUCGGUGGAAGACAACAUUCUCAUCUCGUUGGAGAAACCUACAUGGCUCAUUGUCAUGGCUAAUUCAUUUGUUGUUAUUCAUGUUAUUGGGAGCUAUCAGAUCUAUGCAAUGCCAGUUUUUGACAUGAUUGAGACUCUGCUUGUCAAGAAACUCAGGUUCAAGCCUACUUGGUACUUGCGACUUAUUACCAGAAGCAUCUAUGUUGCUUUCACAAUGUUCGUUGGAAUAGCCAUACCUUUCUUUGGUGGGCUUUUGGGAUUCUUUGGAGGAUUUGCUUUUGCCCCAACAACAUAUUUUCUUCCUUGCAUUAUGUGGCUUGCAAUCUAUAAACCAAAGAGAUUCAGUCUCUCAUGGAUGGUUAACUGGAUUUGCAUAAUUUUGGGAGUUCUGUUGAUGAUUUUGGCACCAAUUGGCGCCUUAAGAUCCAUCAUCUUAAAAGCAAAGGGCUAUAAAUUUUUCGAUUAGGGAAGAUGUAAUUUGUUUCUUGGAUUAAAGUUUGUUUGCUCAUAAAUUAUUGAAUUCCUAGCAACGAUGCUUUUAUGUGUUUUGGCUUACUACUUUUUACA